AUGGAGUUGACAAGACCUGGCUAUGCCGUAAUUUAUGUCAUUCUACUUUGCGCAUUGGCACAAGGGGGCUCAGAGGGGAAGAGGGGCGAGGACGAUGAUUUUUCUCCAUCAUCGUUACUUGUACACACAACACAACAGGCCGAGAUAGUGCCAAAACAUAGAAAAGAAUUGACAAAGAACAUUGAAGGCAAAGAGUUGGACUUACAUGCAAAAGAAGAGAGCAAAGACAUUAGGCCAAUACUUUUCAGACAAAACAACACAAACAAAGCAACAAAGUCAAACCAAACUAUUGAUCCACCAACACCACAACCACAGUCAUCGCCACCGCGACGAUCUCAUCGGCUCCUUGCCGCUUCUAGAUCUCUAACAGAGAGUAGUGAUCCUGUAACUUCUCCUCCUCCUAAUAAAAAUGAAGAUGACAAACAACCAAAAACGACGGUUCAUGGUGCUGCUGCUGUAUCAGGAAUUCUAAUGGCACUUGGGGUGUCCUUUUGCUAUAGACAGGUCAAAACCAACAAAGAGGAAAAAGAAGAUAUACUAAUAUUAACCUCAAAGGAUUAUGCUGGCGGUUCACCAAAGAUUGUUCGUUUGGGAGAUAAUACUGAACUUAACAAGCAUAAUAAGGAAGAAGAAUCUGUUACAGAUAACAAUGAAAAGAAAACUUCUGAUGAUGAUGCUAAGAAUGAAGGUAGCAACACUACCUCAGAAGUUGAGACAACAGCACCAUUACAAGUUGUGGAACAUGUAGUUGAAUUUGCACCAGGCCCACCACAACCACCACCACCGCCACCAACUCGAUCAGCUCCACUACCUCCCCCGGCCCCACGGGCCCCUCCACCGCCGGUCCCCCCACGGGGCCACGGUCCGCCACCACCACCGCCUCCAAGGCUACCCGGUCAGGGCCCUCGGGCGCCACCGCCGCCGCCUUUAAGAGGAGGGCGAGGAACAAGUCAUCCUCCACCUGUUCCUUCAAGACCGUUGUCUAAAAGAUUUAGAAAUGUUGCUAGAGUAGAUAGCUUUACUGAGGUCCCUGAUCCUGCAAAGCCUAAACUAAAGCCAUUUUUCUGGGACAAGGUUAAUGCAAAAUCUGAUCAAGCAAUGGUGUGGCACAAAAUCAGCGGAGGUUCAUUCGUAUUCAAUGAGGAACAGAUGGAGUUUCUAUUUGGUUGCGCAAACCAUAACAAAAAUGAACGCAAAAAGGAUUCACCACAAAUUGAUACAGCACAACUUGUUCAGAUUAUUGACAAGAAAAAAGCACAGAAUUUGUCAAUUCUUUUGAAAGCUUUGAAUGUGACAACAGAGGAAGUUGUUGAUGCCAUUAAAGAAGGUAAUGAGCUUCCUAUUGAGCUCAUGCAGACACUGGUGAAGAUGGCGCCGACAUCCGACGAAGAAUUGAAGCUUAGGUUAUAUACAGGACCCCUUUCUGAUCUUGGCCCUGCAGAGAAGUUUCUCAAAGUCUUGGUUGAUAUUCCAUUUGCUUUCAGACGCAUUGAAUGUUUGAUUUUCAUGUGUACCCUUCAAGAAGAGUCCUCAACUAUGAGGGAGUAUUUCACAACAUUAGAGGUUGCUUGCAAGAAACUUGUAAAAAGUAGGCUAUUCUUGAAGCUUCUAGAAGCAGUUCUUAAAACCGGCAACCGAAUGAACGACGGAACGUACCGCGGCGGCGCGCAAGCAUUCAAGCUGGACACACUCUUGAAGCUAUCAGACGUGAAAGGAACAGAUGGGAAGACGACGCUGCUGCACUUCGUUGUUCAAGAAAUCAUUCGAUCCGAGGGAGUUAGAGCUCUAAGAACGGCGAAAGAAAGCGGAAGCAUGCCAAACUUGGAAACAGAGGAUUCUUCUGAAGAAAACUACCGAAGCCUCGGCAUUGAAGUAGUUUCAGGCCUAAGCACUGAGCUAUUGGACGUGAGAAUGGCGGCGUUAAUAGACGGCGAUUUGAUCAGUUCUACGGUGGCGAAACUCAGCCACUCGCUUUCCAAGACUCGAGAGUUUCUUGACACCGAGAUGAAGAACGUUCAAGAAGACGGCGAGUUCCGAUCUUGCAUGGAGAGGUUUCUGGAGAAGGCGACAUCGGAAGUGGCUUGGUUGAUUGAGGAGGAGAAGAGGAUAACGGAACUUGUUAAGGGAACUGCAGAUUAUUUUCACGGUAAUUCAGGGAAAGAAGAAGGGCUUAGAUUGUUCGCCGUUGUCCGCGAUUUCUUGUUCAUAUUGGAUAAGGUGUGCAAGGAGGUGAAGGAAACAAACGUUAAAGAGGCAAAGAAUAAUAAUAGUAAUGUUAAAGAGUCUUCACCAUCAGUGACGCCAUCUUCUACCACGGAAGCUCAACAGCAAAAUUCAGGGCCUUCUGAACUUCAUAGGAGAUUGUUUCCUGCUAUUGUCCAGAGGAGAGUGGAUGAUGAUUCUAGCUCUGAUGAUGACUACGACGAUGACGACGAUAAUAACAAAAUUUCUCCAUAACUUUGGUGUGUAUCUAGUUAUAUAUAUAUAUGUGCAGGUGCAACUGGUUUUGGUUUGAAAGUGGAUUGUGCUACUUUCUGUCAAGAACUAUCUCUCCCAAAAAUUUAACUAGAAGUGGGUACUUUUAUAUCUGAUACAAUUCUUCAUGCAAGAGCUUCUUUGCUUGAAAC